UAUAUAUUUAUGCAUAUCGUUCCAAUCUGGGCCUUACUUUUUUUCCAAAAUGGAAAACAAUCUAUUGCUUUGUAUUUUAUUAUUGAUUCCCACCUUUGCAUCAUCAGACGUUUUGGUAACACAUAUCAGAAACAUCAAGAAGCGAAAUGCUGAGAAUGACUUGGUUGUCAAUGGGAUAGAAAUCUAUAGCAUGAAGAUUGAUAGUAAAGUAACUUCCCGGUUUGCCCACAAUGUCAUCACCAGUCGAGCUGUCAAUCGUGGGAAUGUGUCCAAAGAAGUCUUCUUUGAUGUUGAGCUCCCUAAGACAGCCUUCAUUACCAACUUCAGCAUGACAAUUGAUGGUGUCACUUAUCCUGGAACUAUAAAGGAAAAAGAAGCUGCAAAAAAGCAAUAUGAGAAGGCUGUUUCAAGAGGACAGACUGCUGGUCUUGUCAAAGCUUCAGGAAGAAAAACAGAAAAAUUCACUGUCUCAGUCAAUGUUAAAGCAGCCAGUAAAGUCACUUUUGAACUCACAUACGAGGAACUGCUGAAGCGACGCUUUGGAAAAUACGAGAUGUUCAUCAAAGUGAAACCAAAGCAGCUUGUCAAAGAUUUUGAGAUUGCAGUAAAUAUUUUUGAGCCCCAGGGUAUCACUGAGCUGGAAGCAGAAGGAACAUUCAUCACCAAUGAGCUACAAAAUACCAUUAAAAAGACUUUUUCAGAGAAAAAGGGGCACAUCUCUUUCAAGCCAACUCUUGAUCAGCAGCGAACCUGUGCAAGUUGCUCAGAGUCUGCCUUGGAUGGGGAUUUUACUGUAAGAUAUGAUGUGAAGAGAACAACUCCAGAUAAUUUGCAGAUUGUCAAUGGCUACUUCGUACACUUCUUUGCACCAACAAAUCUUCCAAAUUUGCCCAAGAAUGUUAUUUUUGUAAUGGAUACUAGUGGCUCAAUGUAUGGAAGACCAAUGGAACAGACAAGAGAAGCACUUCUAAAAAUCUUAGAUGACAUUAAAGAAGAUGACUUCUUCAAUUUCAUAUUGUUCAAUUCUGGUGUGUCCACCUGGAAAGAAACAUUAAUCAAGGCCACUCCUGAGAAUUUGGAUGAAGCAAGGAAGUUUGUUCGGAACAUUGAUGCUUCAGGCAUGACAAAUUUACAUGGUGGUUUGAUGAGGGGAAUUGAUAUUCUGAAUGCUGCUCAUGACGGGAACCUUGUGCCCAAGAGAAGCGCCUCUAUAAUUAUCAUGUUAACAGAUGGCCAGCCAAACGAAGGUGUAUCAGAUAUUCACACCAUUGAGACAGAUGUAAAAAGUGCUAUUAAAGGAAGAUACCCCUUAUACAACCUUGGGUUUGGCUCUGGUGUAGACUAUGGCUUCUUGGAGAGGAUGGCACUGGAGAAUAAAGGAUUGGCCCGUCGGAUUUAUCCUGACUCUGAUGCAGCUUUACAGCUUCAAGGGUUUUAUGAUGAGGUGUCAAAUCCCAUGCUCACAGAUGUGGAGUUAAACUACCCAGAAAAUGAAAUACAGGACCUAACUACGAACAGUUUUAAGCAUUUCUACGAUGGGUCUGAGAUUGUGGUGGCUGGACGUUUUGUAGACAGCAACCAAAACCAAUUGACUGUAGAUGUCAGAGGUGAAGGUGCUAAAGAUGCCCUGUCAUACACUACACAACAAGAUGCUGAGCAAACAGCUCAAGCCUUCCAAGAACAAGAAUACAUAUUUGGAGAGUACAUUGAAAGGCUCUGGGCUUAUCUUACCAUUGAACAACUCCUGGAAAGACGUAUUGCAGCUACAGGAGAAGAAAAGGAAAACCUCACAGCUGAAGCCCUGGCUCUCUCCCUGAAGUACAAGUUUGUAACACCACUGACAUCCAUGGUGGUAACAAAACCAGAAGAAAAUGACAAUGAAGAUGUGAUUGCUGAUAAACCCACUGAAGGUACAGACAUGUUCACAUUUUUACUGCAGUUGAGAAGCCAAGUUUUUUUUCCUUCUGCAGGUUCACAAAUGUAUCGAGGAUCACAACCCACAUGGUACACCAGUGUUGAUGGGGACCCACACUUCGUGAUAUGGGUGCCACAAAAAAGAGAUGCCAUCUGUUUCAAUAUCAAUGAAAACCCGGGUACUGUCCUAAAUUUGAUAAAUGAUCCAGUUACAGGCAUCACAGUCAAUGGAGAACUCAUUGGUGAUAAGAGAGCAAAUAACGAUGCAAAGAUCCAGAAUUCAUAUUUUGGAAAACUUGGCAUUGCAAGUAAGCACCUGGGUUUAAAACUGACAGUAACUCCUGAGAAGAUCACAGUUCAGAAUGGCAAUGAAAAAAUGGGUUUCACCUGGCUUGACUCAGUCACCUUGCAACAAGCAGGUUUAAAUUUAAUAAUUAAUAGAAAAAAAAAUCUGGUGCUCUCAAUGGGCAGUGGUGCCUCAUUUGUUGUUGUUUUGCACCAAGUAUGGAAGAAGCAUCCUCUCCACCAAGAUUUCCUAGGAUUGUAUACACUGGAAGAGGAUAAACUGUCUCAACAGACCCAUGGAUUAUUAGGACAAUUUUUCCACCCCAUUGACUUCACCAUUCUUGAAAUUCAUCCUGGGUCUGAUCCCAAGAAACCAGAUGCCACAAUGGUUGUUAAAAACAAUGAACUGAUAGUAACGAGGGGCUGGCAGAAGGAUUACAGAAGAGAUCCCACCCAUGGUGUUGACAUUCCUUGCUGGUUUGUCCAUGACAACGGAGCUGGGCUCAUAGACGGUGUCCACACAGAUUAUAUUGUUUCCAGUCUGUUUUAAGCAACUACAACUUCCUCCAAAUUCGUGGGUAGAUGGAUGAUUUGUCUGAAAGAACAGUAUUUUUUAAUGUUUAAGAACUAUUAAAAAUCUGUAAGCAUACUAUGUUUGGCAAGGACAAGGUAUGUUGGAUUCUCCUACAGUUUUGCUGUGCAUUUGAUGGAAUCUGAAGUGCAGGGCAGCUGUUCCCCUUGUGUGCACAGGUGCCCCUCCUCCUCUGGAACGUCCUCUUUAUUAGGUUCAAAAUUCUGACUUUGAACGUUACUUUGUAAAACAUAACAGAAACCUUCUAUCCAAUAUUAAAUCAAUAACGGAGUGACUUAAAUAAAGCCUCAGCACUCAG